CGUAUAAUAUUUUUCUUAAAGAGUUCAUUCAUCCCCUUUUACCACAACCUAUAGGAUAAUGACACGCUUAUCCGGUAAUUAAGGUAUUAUUAAUUAUCUAUCCUUAAGUACAAAGCAAAUCUUAUAUAGAGAGUCAACAGAGCCAUAGAUAUUAGAUAGAGAUAUAGAUCUGAUCAUUUCGAAGUAGAACUAGUUGAAAGGUCUAAAACAAAACAGAGAAAGAAUGUCAUCAUCGGAGCAAAAGGAUGUAGAAGAGAAAGGAUCGUUGAUCUCAGGCUUGUUGGACAAAGCCAAAGGUUUCUUCGCAGAGAAGCUUGCCAAUAUUCCGACUCCGGAAGCCACCGUGGACGACGUAGACUUCGUACGUGUGACUGCUCAAGGAGCUGAUUAUCACGCCAAGGUCUCCGUCAAGAAUCCUUACCCUCAAGCCAUCCCUAUUUGCCAGAUCUCUUACAUCCUCAAGAGUGACACAAGGAUGAUAGCCUCUGGCACGAUACCGGAUCCGGGUUCGUUGGUUGCGAACGGGUCGACGGUUCUGGACGUACCGGUUAAGGUGCCUUACAGCAUAGCGAUAAGUUUGAUGAAGGACAUGUUUUUGGACUGGGACAUCGACUAUCAACUAGACAUCGGACUAACCAUCGACCUUCCUGUUGUUGGUGACAUUACCAUCCCUGUCUCUACUCAGGGUGAGAUCAAGCUCCCUUCCUUUGCCGACAUCUUUAACUCUAAACCCUCUGAGUGAUUUUCAAUAAGUACCGAUCCGUAAACGACAUAGACGAUCGUUGGAUGUUUCAGUUGUGGAGUACUCUUGUUUUGUUGUUGAAUUAAUAAAGGACUUUUUAUUUGGUUUCUGUAUGUGUUCCUUUGAACAUGUUGUUGGUAAGAAUAAAAAAACUUCACAGUUUGAACU